AACGCGCCUUUCACAUCUGCCCCGUAGGCAGAGAUGAUGAUGAGCGCGCCUCCCAUUUCUGCACUUCCACAUUAGUCCGCCUCAGGCUGACAGGAGCACAGCCUCUUUCUCCACACGCACCCAUGACAACGGAGAGAUAAUUUACAGUUUUAACGCAACUUUGUCUAAUUUCGACGGGACGAACAAGUAAGAAGAAGAUGUUUCAGCUGAGGAGACCGUUCGAGAGCGAAAAGCUCCAACUUCAGGAGCUGAACUGCAGGCUCGGCCAGUACCUGUCGAGAGCGAAGCUGCUGGAGCAAGAAAACGCCCGCCUGAUCUCGGAGAUAAACGCGGUGAGGCAGAGCAGGUCUGAGGAGCGGGAGAGCCGACACACGGCCGAGCUGAGAGAGAUGAGGAGGCUUGUGGAGCGCCUGUCCUUCGAGAAGAGCAAGGCGGAGGUGGAGAGAGAGAAACUCCGCCGAGAGUUUCAGGCCCUCCAGGCGCUGUGCUCGGACGAGUGCGCCGUUAGCAGAGGUCUCGGCGGAGAGCUGAGGGACUGCGAGCAGCAGCUCCGCCACGCUCAGCACACCAACGGCGCCCUGGAGCAGCGCCUCGGCGAGCUGCAGCGCGAGUGCGCGUUUCUGGAAGACGCCCACAGAAAGGAAGUGACCCACCUCAGGAGCCAGGUGCACUCGCGUGUGAUACCUGUGGUGACCGAGGUCCGCCGUGGCCCACCGGCGGUUAGCAUGGAGGAGGUGGAGGAAUACGCGCUCCACUUGUCUGAGAGCUGGAUGGAUACGCUCGAGAUGUAUCGCCAGAAGGUCGAGGAAAUGGAGGAGGCCGUGAAAGCGGACCAGGCGAGGCUUGAAGACUUCAGGAAAGAAAGGAUGCAGUACGGCUCGGAGCUGAACAGGCUGCGGGCAGAGGUGGAGAAACACGCCCAGCUGCAGCUGGACCUGGAGGAGCAGCUCAUCAACAUGCAGGAGAACUUUAAAGGAGACAUCAGUCAGUACCAGAUGAUCGUUGAAGAGCUGGAACAUGAGCGCCAGCUUUUGGCCAACACUAUUUCAGAAAAGCUGAAGGACCAUCAGGACCUUCUACAGGUUAAGAUGGGGCUCAGUCUGGAAGUGGCAGCAUACAGGGCGCUACUGGAAGGAGAAGGAAAACAUGCUCAGAUGAGGUCUGAUCAGCAUUCAAGAGAGAGAAUAAUAGAUAUCAAAUUACCUUCUCAGUACGCUCCAAGGGUCUCCACCCGUCAGCCAGAAGUGAGAAGGCAUUACACAGGAUAUGAUGUGAGGUAUAUGGAGCCCAUUUCCAGCAUUAGAACCUCUACUGUAUCCAGUCAGUUUGACUCCCAAAGAGCCUCCAGGGUUGUGCCCAUCGCUGUGUCAAAACAUGCCCAUCAGAGUCCUGCUGCAAGAAGGGAUAUGAUCUCUUUCACCAAAGCAACUCAAGCAGCAGCUGCAGCAAGUGCAGCCAAACCUGGAGUCUCAGCCAGUGACAGAACCAAAGAAGUGAUGGAGGAGAAGAGUGUGAAAAUCAAAGGGUUGUCACAGGACCAGUCAGUAACAGGAAGCAAAUUAGUCUCCACUGCCUCACCAACAGCAGAACAGAAAUCAGUGAGAGUUGUAUCACCUCCCAUGAUGAGCCUGAGCACCAAUAAGGAAAGCCAUCAGAAAGUUGUUGAUAAGCAAAACGAGAGAAGGUAUGAGAGAGCAGAAACAGAUUAUACCAAGGUAACAGUGAAAUCUGGUGAAGUACAGUUUGUCCAAGAAGAAGAGUUCAAACAUGAAGAUCGGAAAGAUUUGAAAGAGUCUGUAAAUGUGGAACCAAAGAAAUUUGCAGGAGAGGAAAAAGUAUUGGACUCUGUGUCCAUGGAAGAAAUUGUUGAGAAGGUCAUGAAGCCUGCUGGCAUGGAUACAAAGCUUAGUCCAUCCACUGACUCAAAGAUCACAUAUCAUGUAGAGAAAACACAGCAAGAGGAUGGAAGCACCAAGACUCAGAUAGUCCUGCAAUCAAAAGUGGAAGAGAAUCUGGAUGUGUCGGAUGACUCUGCUCUGGAGAAACUCCUCAGUAAGGGAGUGAAAAAAGUCUCCCUGGAGGAUAUUGAGGGAACCCCAACAGGAGGCAUGAUUCAAAAUCUGCUAAGUCUUGGUCUGAAAGGUGAAAGUCUAGAAAACAAGUCUGUUAAUGUGGAGAUAAUAGAGGAACCAGUGGAAUCUCAAAGUGAUGAAGAAGGGGAGGUUGAAAUUGAGGAGACUGUUGAGGUGAAAGCUAAACCUUACUUCAAACCUUCAACAAUGUUCUUCCAGAUUGAAGAGCCAGAAAAUGAACCUCCGCCAACUGAACAAUAUGAGAGUGCCAGUGAGACUGUGGCAACUUCAGGGUAUGGCGAGAGUGGAUCUGUGCAGGUCCAGGAGGUGUCCAAAGAGGAGAGUCUCCCCUACUAUUCCCAGGGCCAAGAGUCUCAAGAGUACUUUGUUUCCACCCCUGAAGACAAUAUGUCGGAAUCUGAGGAGGGUGGUGGAUUUAUGUCUUAUGGACAUUAUGGAGUGGUGGAUGACCUUUCAGAUGAGAGAUACUACCAGGAAGAAGGUCCUCCUACAAACAGAAGAUACUCAGAUGAAGAUGACAGUAAUAGAGAGUCACCUGAAUAUGUCAAAAGAGACCCUUUUCCACAGUGUAUCAUUGAGGAGGAGAUACGCGUUUCUCCCAUAGUGCAAGAGUCGAUGCUAGAGAUCCUGAAAGAGGAGUCUCUGGACCCAAGAGAGCAGCUGAGGGGGGCCCUGGAACAGCUGGAGGGCACAGUGUCUGGAUCACUGAAAGAAGAACUUGCUGUUCUCACAAAGGCUGGUGAGACCUCUGAGAGUGUCUCUGUUGACAUUAAGAAGGUAGACCCUGCAGACGAUGGAACAAUGACCUUUGUAGCAGAGCUCAAUGUUUCUCAGACUCUGGAGGAGUCUGGGCUGCUGGAUGAUCAGACAGAUGACCUGUCCCAAGAACAGGUUUUGGCAGCACUGCAGUCCUCAAACCCUGGACUCCACCAGGCCCUCAGUGCUGGAGCUGGUGGAAGCUAUACCAUGACAGUCUCCAAAGAGGAGGUCCAAUCAGAGGGAAUGCCAUGGAUGACCAGCCUAGAAGAAACUGAAGACUGGAGCACGGCUGGUGAAGCUGGAAAAACAGAAAAAGUCAUCAAGCUGGGGCCUGCUGAGAAGUCCUUCACAUUUCAAAUGGAUAUCAACAACAGCUCAUCUGGGUCAACAAGCUUAGAAGGGGUGGAUUCCCAAGGACAGAGAGGCGAUGGAGCCAGUGUCCAAGAGUUCCUACAGACCCAGAUGAUUGACCCUUCUUUAAAGGUCCGACAUGAGAAAAAAAUUGCUACUGUUUACCUUGAAAGCCCCAAGGACGACUAACUGAAAUCCAAAUAAAAUCACCCUGCAGCUUCAUAUUACCUUCUGAA